AUGUGCCGGCGCCGAGGCGGCGCUGUUCCCUGCGGCGCUCCGUAGCGCUCUCUCCGUGAGCUCCACGUAGGCCGCGCAGGCGCCCUUGGCGCGCCGUUCACCUGCUGCCGUUGUCGCCGCCGCCGCCGCCGCCGCUGCCGGGGCUGGAUGGGGGGCCGAGGGCAGCCAGGGGCACCCGGAAGAAAGAGACGCGGCGGCGGCGACGCCGACACCCGCAGGACGAGUGUCCACACUCGCCCGCAAGCGCAAGGAGGAGGCGGCGAGGCUGGGCCCCAGCUGUCCCUGGUGUAGAGAAGCCGCUGUCGCCGCCGCGGCCGGGACACCCCGGGCUCUUGCCCCUCAGGUCUCAUUGAUACUCAGGACCCCGCGCUGCGCCAUGUUCAAGAAACUGAAGCAAAAGAUCAGCGAGGAGCAGCAGCAGCUCCAGCAGGCGCUGGUGCCUACUCAGGCUUCCUCCAAUUCUUCAACACCAAUAAGAACUAGGAGCAGGACAUCUUCAUUUACAGAGCAACUUGAUGAAGGUACACCCAAUAAAGAGCUACUAGCCGGGAUGAUAGCAGAGCCUGCUUUUCUCUCUGAGUAUACUAUCUUUGCUUUGGAUUCCUCCAUACAGCCUAAAACACAGAGUGACAGUGUGAAUGCAUCUACCCAGGCUACAAAAUCUCCCGAUAGUGUUAAUGGAAGUGAACCAGCUACUCCUCAGUCAGGUGACACACAGUCUUUUGCACAGAAGAUCCAGCUCCGGGUGCCCUCCAUGGAGUCUUUGUUUCUAAGUCCGAUAAAGGAGUCUCUAUUCCGAUCUUCUUCUAAAGAGUCUUUGGUACGAACGUCUUCCAGAGAGUCCCUGAAUCGACUUGACCUAGACUUUUCUGCUGCCACCUUUGAUCCACCCUCUGAUAUGGACAGCGAGGCCGAAGAUUCCCAAGGGAACUCAGACGGUCUCAGUAAAGAACAGUUGAUUCACCGGUUGCAAAGAAUGGAACGAAGCUUAAGUAGCUACAGAAGGAAAUAUUCUGAGCUUGUUACAGCUUAUCAGACACUUCAGAGAGAGAAGAAAAAAUUACAAGGUAUAUUAAGUCAGAGUCAGGAUAAAGCACUUCGGAGAAUUGGAGAGUUAAGAGAGGAGCUCCAAAUGGACCAGCAAGCAAAGAAACAUCUCCAAGAGGAGUUUGAUGCAUCUUUAGAGGAGAAGGAUCAGUAUAUCAGUGUUCUCCAAACUCAGGUUUCUCUGCUGAAGCAACGAUUACGAAAUGGCCCUAUGAAUGUUGAUAUACCGAAACCACUUUCUCAGAUGGAACCACAGGCUGAAAGCUUCACUAAAGAGGAGAAUACAGAGAGUGAUGUAGAGCCAGUAGUGGGAGAUGGAGCUUCUGCUAAAACACUGGAAACGCUCCAGCAAAGAGUUAAGCGUCAAGAGAAUCUACUUCAGCGUUGCAAGGAAACAAUUCAGUCGCAUAAGGAACAAUGUACACUAUUAAUCAGCGAGAAAGAAGCUCUACAAGAACAACUAGAUGAAAGACUUCAAGAACUAGAAAAGAUGAAGGACCUUCAUAUGGCUGAGAAGACUAAACUUAUCACUCAGUUGCGUGAUGCAAAGAACUUAAUUGAACAGCUUGAACAAGAUAAGGGAAUGGUAAUAGCAGAGACAAAACGUCAGAUGCAUGAAACCUUGGAAAUGAAAGAAGAAGAAAUCGCUCAACUUCGUAGUCGCAUCAAACAGAUGACUACCCAGGGAGAAGAAUUACGGGAACAGAAAGAAAAGUCUGAAAGAGCUGCUUUUGAGGAACUUGAAAAAGCCUUGAGUACAGCCCAAAAAACAGAAGAAGCACGGAGAAAAAUGAAGGCAGAGAUGGAUGAACAAAUAAAAGCUAUGGAAAAAACAAGUGAGGAGGAACGCAUCAGUCUUCAACAGGAAUUAACUCGGGUGAAACAGGAGGUUGUUGAUAUAAUGAAAAAAUCCUCAGAAGAAAAAAUUGCUAAACUACAGAAGCUUCAUGAAAAGGAGCUGGCCAGCAAGGAGCAGGAACUGACCAAGAAGUUACAGACCCAAGAAAGGGAAUUUCAGGAGCAAAUGAAAAUAGCUCUUGAAAAGAGUCAAUCAGAAUAUUUGAAGAUCGCCCAAGAAAAAGAACAGCAAGAAUCUUUGGCCCUGGAAGAGUUAGAGUUGCAGAAAAAAGCAAUCCUUACAGAGAGUGAAAAUAAAUUUCGGGACCUUCAGCAAGAAGCGGAGAGUUAUAGAACUAGAAUUCUUGAACUGGAAAGUUCUUUGGAAAAAAGCGUAGAAGAAAGCAAAAAUCAAUCAAAAGAUCUAGCUGUUCAUUUGGAAGCUGAAAAAAAUAAGCACAAUGAAGAAAUUACAAUCAUGGUUGAAAAACACAAGACAGAAUUGGAAAGCCUGCAGCAUCAGCAGGAUAACCUUUGGACUGAAAAACUCCAAGUCUUAAAGCAACAGCAUCAGACUGAAAUGGAAAAACUUAGAGAAAAGUGUGAGCAAGAAAAAGAAACAUUGUUGAAAGACAAAGAAAUUCUCUUCCAGGCCCACAUAGAAGAGAUGAAUGAAAAGACUUUAGAAAAGCUUGAUGUGAAGCAAACAGAACUGGAAUCAUUAUCUUCUGAACUGUCAGAGGUAUUAAAGGCCCGUCAAAAGCUAGAAGAGGAACUUUCUGUUCUAAAGGAUCAAGCAGAUAAAAUGAAACAGGAAUUAGAGGCUAAGCUGGAUGAACAGAAAAAUCAUCACCAGCAAGAAGUUGAAAGUAUCAUUAAAGAACAUGAGAUAUCUAUCCAGAGAACUGAGAAGGCAUUGAAAGAUCAAAUUAAUCAACUCGAGCUUCUCUUGAAGGAAAAGGACAACCAUUUGGAACAGCGUCAGGCUCACGUAGAAAAUUUAGAGGCAGAUAUUAAAAGGUCUGAAGGGGAACUCCAGAAGGCAUCUGCUAAGCUAGAUCUGUUUCAGUCAUACCAGAGUACCACAGAUGAGCAAACCAAAGCAUAUGAGAAACAGUUGGCCCAAUUACAGCAGAAAUUGUUGGAUUUGGAAACAGAAAGAAUUCUUCUUACCAAGCAGGUAGCUGAAAUUGAAACACAAAAGAAAGACAUUUAUAUUGAGUUAGAUACUCACAAAAUCCAGGUGCGGGACUUAAUGCAGCAACUUGAAAACCAGAAUAGUGAAAUGGAGCAAAAAAUAAAAUCUUUAACCCAACUAUAUGAGUCCCAACUUAAAGAUAAUAACGAAGAGCAGGAACAGAUAAAGCAAAUAUUGAUGGAAAAGGAAAAUAUAAUUUUACAAAUGAGAGAAGGACAGAGCAAAGAAAUUGAGAUAAUCACACAGAAAUUGUCAGCCAAGGAGGACAGUAUUCGUAUUUUGCAUGAGGAAUAUGAAAGCAAAUUUAAAAAUCAAGAAAAAAAGAUGGAAAAAAUUAAGCAGAAAUCAAAGGAGAUACAAGAAACCUUAAAGAAGAAAUUAUUGGAUCAGGAAGCCAAACUUAAAAAAGAGCUUGAAAAUACUGUUCUAGAGCUUAGUCAGAAAGAAAAACAGUUCAAUGCCAAAGUGCUGGAGAUGGCACAGGCUAACUCAGCUGGAAUUAAUGAUGCGGUGUCAAGACUGGAAACAAACCAAAAGGAGCAAAUAGAAAGUCUUACCGAGGUUCAUCGGCGAGAACUCAAUGAUGUCAUAUCAGUUUGGGAAAAGAAACUUAAUCAGCAAACUGAAGAACUUCAGGAAAAACAUGAAAUGCAAUUACAGGAGAAAGAACAAGAAGUAGCAGAAUUGAAGCAAAAGAUCCUCAUAUUUGGGUGUGAAAAAGAAGAGAUGAACAAGGAAAUAACGUGGCUGAAGGAAGAGGGUGUUAAGCAGGAUACAACAUUAAAUGAAUUACAGGAACAAUUAAAGCAGAAGUCUGUUCAUAUCGAUACUCUCUCACAAAAUGAAACUAAACUGAAAGCACAACUUGAAAAGCUGGAGGUUGACUUGAAUCAUUCUCUGAAGGAAAACGCUUUUCUUCAAGAGCAGUUAGUUGAGCUGAAGGUGCUGGCAGAAAAAGAUAAGCUUAAGAUUUCUGAGUUGACUGAUAAGUUGAAAAUCACAGAUGAAGAACUCCAGAGUUUGAAAUCAUCACAUGAAAGAAGUAACAAAAGCCUAGAGGACAAAAGCUUGGAAUUCAAAAAACUGUCUGAGGAACUAGCAAUUCAGCUAGAUACUUGCUGUAAGAAAACUGAAGCCUUAUUGGAAGCUAAAACAAAUGAGCUAAUCAACAUUAGUAGUAGUAAAACAAAUGCCAUUCUCUCUAGGAUUUCCCAUUGUCAACACCACACAAGUAAAGUUAAAGAGGCACUAUUAAUGAAAACUUACAAAGUUUCUGAAUUAGAAGCACAACUUAGACAAUUAACAGAGGAGCAGAAUAUGCUAAAUACUUCUUUUCAACAGGCCACCCAUCAGUUGGAAGAAAAAGAAAAUCAAAUUAAGAGCAUGAAGGCUGAUAUUGAUGGUCUUGUAACAGAAAAAGAAGCCUUACAGAAGGAAGGAGGCAAUCAGCAACAGGCUGCUUCUGAAAAGGAGUCUUGUAUCACACAGUUGAAGAAAGAGUUAUCUGAAAACAUCAAUGCUGUCACACUGAUGAAAGAAGAGCUUAAAGAAAAAAAAUCUGAGAUUAGCAAUCUUAAUAAACAACUAACUGAUUUGAACAUUCAACUUCAAAAUAGUAUCAGCCUAACUGAAAAAGAAGCAGCCAUUUCAUCACUAAGUAAGCAGUAUGAUGAAGAAAAACGUGAAUUGCUAGAUCAGGUGCAGGAUUUAUCUUUGAAAGUUGAUACACUGUGUAAAGAGAAAAUUUCUGCUCUUGAACAGGUAGAUCACUCGUCCAACAAAUUCUCAGAAUGGAAGAAGAAAGCGCAGUCAAAAUUUACACAAUAUCAAAACACUAUUAAAGAAUUACAGAUGCUACUUGAGUUAAAAACAAAGGAAGCACGUGAAAAGGAUGAGCAGAUAAAUUCACUGAAGGAAGAGCUUGAUCAGCAAAAUAAAAGAUUUGAAUGUUUAAAGGGUGAAAUGGAAGAUAAGAAAAGCAAGAUGGAGAAAAAGGAGUGUAAUUUAGAGACCGAGUUAAAGACUCAAACAGCAAGAAUUGUGGAAUUAGAGGACCAUAUUACCCAGAAAACAAAUGAAAUUGAGUCCUUAAAUGAAGUUCUUAAAAAUUACAAUCAACAAAAGGAUAUUGAGCACAAAGAAUUGCUUCAGAAACUUCAGCGUUUUCAAGAGUUAGGAGAAGAAAAGGACAACAGAGUUAGAGAAGCUGAGGAAAAAGUUUUAAGCCUUGAAAAACAAGUGUCUUCCAUGAAAGCUGAGCUUGAAACUAAGAAGAAAGAAUUGGAACAUGUGAAUUCGAGUGUUAAAAGCAAAGAUGAGGAGUUACAGGCACUGGAAAAUAGACUUGAGUUAGAGAGUGCAGCAAAAUUAGCAGAACUGAAGAAAAAAGCUGAACAAAAAAUUGCUGCCAUUAAGAAGCAGUUGUUAUCUCAAAUGGAAGAGAAAGAACAGCAAUAUAAAAAAGGUACAGAAAGCCAUUUGAAUGAGCUAAAUACAAAAUUGCAGGAAAGAGAGAGGGAAGUUCACAUCUUGGAAGAAAAACUUAAAUCGGUGGAAAGUUCACCACAAUCAGAAGCAUCAGUUGUACCCAGAUCAGCAAAAAAUGUGGAAGCAUGUACUGAGCAAGAAGAAGCAGAUUCCCAAGGCUGUGUGCAGAAGGCAUAUGAAGAAAAAAUCAGUAUUUUACAAAGAAAUUUAACUGAAAAAGAACAGCUAUUGCAGAGGCUAGAGCAGGAAAAAGAAGAGACAGUUUCUUCUCAUUCUGAAAUGCAAUGCAAAUACCAGGAGCUCUUGAUAAAGUUGGAACAUGCUGAAGCAAAGCAACAUGAGGAUCAAGUUAUAAUAGAUCAUCUUCAGGAAGAACUUGAGGAAAAAACCAAGAAAUAUUCCUUGAUGGUAUCCCAGCAUGUAGAAGAAGAGGGAGGUAAAAAUAACAUAGGGGCAAAGCAAAAUUUGGAAAAUGUCCAGAAAACCCUCCAGGAGAAGGAACUAACCUGUCAGGUCCUGGAGCAAAAGAUAAAAGAACUAGAUGCCUGCUUAGUAAGAGAGAAGGAAGUACAUAGAGUUGAAAUGGAAGAGUUGACCUCAAAAUAUGAAAAAUUACAGGCUUUACAACAACAGAUGGAGGGAAAAAAUAAUCCCACCGAAGUUUUGGAAGAAAGUACUGAAGAAAAGUCCAAAUCACAUGUGGUCCAACCCGAAUUGCUUAGUAACACAGAAGCCCAGCACAAUGACCUGGAGUUUAAAUUAGCAGAUGCAGAGCGGGAGAAACAGAAACUGAGCAAGGAAAUUGUGAGAUUGCAAAAAGAUCUCCGAAUGUUAAGAAAGGAGCAUCAGCAAGAAUUGGAUAUACUAAAGAAAGAAUGUGUACAAGAAAUGGAAGAGAAAAUCAAACAGGAGCAGGAAGAUCUUGAAUUGAAGCACAAUUCCACAUUAAAACAGCUGAUGAGAGAGUUUAAUACACAGCUGGCACAAAAGGAACAGGAGCUGGAAAUGACCAUAAAAGAAACUAUCAAUAAGGCCCAGGAGGUGGAGGCUGAACUUUUGGAAAGCCAUCAAGAAGAGACAAAUCAGUUACAUAAAAAAAUUGCAGAGAAAGAUGACGAUCUAAAAAGAACAGCCAGAAGAUAUGAAGAAAUCCUUGAUGCUCGUGAAGAAGAAAUGACUGCAAAAGUAAUGGACCUGCAGACUGAACUUGAGGAGCUGCAGAAGAAAUAUCAGCAAAAGCUACAGCAGGAGGAGAUUCCUGGCAAUGAUCAUAUAACAAUUAUGGAGCUACAGACACAAUUAGCACAGAAGACGACUCUAAUCAGUGAUUCAAAAUUGAAAGAGCAAGAGUUCAGAGAACAGAUUCACAAUUUAGAAGACCGUUUGAAGAAAUACGAAAAGAAUGUGUAUGCGACAACUGUGGGGACACCUUACAAAGGUGGCAGUUUGUACCAUACUGAUGUCUCACUCUUUGGAGAACCUACCGAGUUUGAGUAUUUGCGAAAAGUGCUUUUUGAGUAUAUGAUGGGUCGUGAGACUAAGACCAUGGCAAAAGUUAUAACCACUGUACUGAAGUUCCCUGAUGAUCAGACUCAGAAAAUUUUGGAAAGAGAAGAUGCUCGGCUAAUGUUUACUUCACCUCGCAGUGGUAUCUUCUGAGUAAACCAUCAAUCUGUGCUUAGUUAGCAUGUGUCAUGGCUCAGAUCUUCAUCUUGAAGAAAUGGGGAGAGUGACGAUGGGUGACUGCUGCUUGGAAAACUGUCCACAUUGCUACUCUUUGAGAAUGAAGCCGUUGUUCAGGGUCGCUCACGUAGCAAAAAGACCAAGAAAAAUCUGGCCCAUAGAUUUAUCGCAGGCUGCCUUUAAAAUAGAUUUUAUCAGUGGAGAAAUGGUGAUAGUUUUUUCUUUUUUCUUCAAUUUUCUGUUGGAAAGAGUUUUAUGUUUAAAAGAUAUUUUGAAUAACUUAACCUGAUUUAUGGGCUUACUUAAUGUUCCUUUAUUCUUUUUAUCCCUCUUUUUAAAGAACUGCUUGCCUUCCUAUUUAUUUUUAGAGUGAUUUUUUUUUUAAAGACUUGUGCAAUACAUUUUGAGGUGAAACUUAGUGGAUUUUUCUGAUAAAUUAGAGCAUUUAAUUGACUAUUUUAUUCAGAUUGAUUUGUUGACUAUUUGCUAAAGACUAUUUGCUAGUUCUUUAAGCUAUGACAUAUGAUUAAAUCCCAAAUGGCAGUACCUCAUUGUUUACUUAGCUUUUGUACUUAUAUUUUUCAGAGAAAAAAAUACUACUGUAAAUUGUAAAUAGUCAAUACAUAACUAUUGUAUGCAAAUCUGUGACUGUUGGCAAUGUCAUCUCGGAGGAACAGAUAAAUAAAGUUUAUUUACUAUAUAA